AGUGCCGACUCUUUUAGUGCUAAAGUGCUUAUACCUUCUAUCAUUUCUUACAUCCUUUAAUAAUUUGUAUUCCAAAUUUCUAAUUAUUUUUGUAAUCAUUAAUUUGAAUUCAUAAUUGUAUGUUUAAAUUAAAAUUCGUGUAAAUUAUUUUUCAAUUAAUCACUUUACAAACAUACAAAAAUGAGUGACAAAAAGUAUAAGCAAAGUAAAGCUGACAUAGCUAAACAGUUUGACCUGCCAGAGAGGCAAUCAAAGAUAACCACGCUACUGAAUCAGGCUGGUCAAGCAUAUUGCAUAUGCAGAUCGUCCGAUAGUUCGCGAUUUAUGAUAGCAUGUGAUGCAUGUGAGGAGUGGUACCAUGGUGACUGUAUCAACAUAUCAGAAAGAGAGGCAAAAUACAUCAAGACCUACUUCUGUGACCGAUGCAGAGAAGAGGACCCCAGCCUCAAGACAAGGUUCAGGCCACAAAAAAGAGAAAAUGAGACAGAGUCAAGUCGAGAUGAUCGGAAAAAGAAACGGAAGGAGAAGGACCAUUCCGAGAACAAAUCAUCAAAAAGAGGUAGCACUAAGGAUGGUUGUGGUGAAUGUGAAGGCUGCCGACAAACACAUGAUUGUGGACACUGUGAUGCUUGCGAGGACAUGUACAAAUAUGGUGGCAGCAAUAAGUUGAAGUUGAAGUGCAAACAGCGUAUAUGUGUCAAGAGCAAGAAAACAUCUAGACAGUCGAGUACAAGAAUAAAGAAGAAACACCACGAGCGGGAGACCUAUGAGCCAGAGGAGUCGAUAUCUCACUUGCAGACCGCGGAGCCGCGCCAAUGCUACGGGCCGCAGUGUACACGUGCCGCCCAGUACGGCUCCAAGUACUGCUCCACGCAGUGCGGCAUGAGGCUCGCCACCGCCAGGAUAUAUCAGGUGCUCCCUCAACGUAUUCAAGAAUGGUCAUUAUCAAGUUGUGUGGCGGAGCAGAAGAACCGUAAGGCACUGGAAGGGGUCCGCUCGAGUAUGGCACGCGGGCAAGCCGCCCUCCGCGCCCUCGACCGGCAGCAUCACGAGCUCGAUGCAUUGGUCGCGCGGGCUCGUGGCGCCACCAUCACCCAAACCGACGAUAAGGAAGCGGACGACGAGACCUCCAUGUACUGCAUCACCUGCGGCCACGAGAUCCACUCGCGUACAGCCGUCAAGCACAUGGAGAAGUGUUUUAUGAAAUACGAAGCGCAGGCGUCGUUCGGCAGUCGGCAUAGGACCCGCAUUGAUGGACAGAGCACAUUCUGUGAUUACUACAAUCCUGUUAAUGGAACAUACUGUAAACGGCUUAGAGUAAUGUGUCCAGAACAUUUCAAAGACCCCAAAGUGAACGACACAGAUGUCUGUGGGUGCCCACUAGUACGGAACGUAUUUGAGCCCACGGGCGAAUUCUGUCGUGCCCCCAAAAAAUCGUGUUUGAAGCAUUACCAGUGGGAGAAGUUGCGACGCGCUGAGAUCGAUAUGGAGCGGGUUAGACAGUGGCUACGGCUGGAAGACCUUGUGGAACAAGAGAGAAGCAUCAGGCUUGCUAUGGCAUCUAGGGCUGGUGUACUGGGUCUCAUGCUGCACUCCACAUACAACCACGAGGUGAUGGAGCGCAUCACCAACAAAGUGAACGAGAAUGGAAAACUAAAGGACGGCUCUUGACAGCGGCACGAGCGGCCGCCCGCGCGUCCGCACAACACGGCGGUUCAGAAGAGCCAAGGAUCUUCUUAAUUAAAAUAUUACAUAUUAAAAUCUUAAUAUUAGUUGAAAUUAUAAAUAUACCAAUAA